CCGGGUAGGACGAGCCGGGGCCCGUCGCCGGUUGGCCCCACCCGGCUCUGAACGCCCAGUAGUCGCCUGCGUCCGCCCAGAACAUGCCAGUAGCCUGUGGAGACUGAGGCUAUGCAUCUCAGCAGCUCCAAGAGUGGAGUAGUGCUGGCUCCAGUGUCCCGAGGUCCUGAUGCCUGUCAGAUGAUAACCAGAGCCCAGCUUGGCCAGGAUCCGCCACAAAGAACAGUACUAGGGGUGCUAACUGAGAAUGGGCAGUACAGGAGGACCUGUGGCCAGGGGAUCACAGCACUCAGGUUUUUCUCUGGGUCAGAAAAUGUCUUCCCUCCAGCUGGAAAGAAAGCGCUGUCUGCCAGCGGGGUUCAGGGGCCAGCCAAGCAAGGAUUUGACAUGUACAUGGACAAGCCUGAGCAAGGCGACAGAGACAGCUGCACAGGGCGAGAGGGGAUGGCAUUUGAGGAUGCCUAUGAAGUAGACACCAGAACACUCAAGUCAGACCUUCACUUCCUGCUGGAUUUUAACACAGUUUCUCCUAUGCUGGUAGAUUCAUCUCUCUACUCCCAGUCUGAAGAUGCAUCAGAUUUUGGUACAGAUGUGAUAAAUGUGACUGAAUAUGCUGAAGAAAUUCAUCAGUACCUUAGAGAAGCUGAAAUAAGACACAUGCCCAAAGUGCACUACAUGAGGAAACAACCAGACAUCACAGAAGGCAUGCGAACAAUUCUGGUGGACUGGCUGGUUGAGGUGGGAGAGGAAUAUAAGCUUCGGGCAGAGACUCUCUACCUGGCCGUCAACUUCCUGGACAGGUUUCUUUCCUGCAUGUCUGUUCUGAGAGGGAAACUGCAGCUUGUAGGAACAGCAGCUCUUCUCCUGGCUUCGAAAUAUGAAGAAAUAUAUCCACCUGGAAUAGAUGAGUUUGUCUUUAUAACUGAUGAUACCUACACAAAACAACAACUGCUGAGAAUGGAACACCUGCUCCUGAAGGUCCUGGCUUUUGACCUGACAGUGCCAACCACCAACCAGUUUCUCCUUCAGUACUUAAGGAGGCAAGGGGUGUGUGUCAGGACUGAGAACCUGGCCAAGUAUGUAGCAGAACUGAGUCUCCUUGAAGCUGACCCGUUCUUGAAAUACCUUCCUUCACUGAUCGCUGCAGCUGCUUACUGCCUGGCAAACUAUACUGUGAACAGGUACUUCUGGCCAGAAACCCUUGCUACGUUUACAGGCUAUUCAUUAAGUGAAAUUGUGCCUUGCCUGAGUGAGCUACAUAAAGUGUGCCUGGGUAUUCCCCACCGACCUCAGCAAGCAAUUAGGGAGAAGUACAAGGCUUCAAAGUACAUGCACGUGUCUCUCGUGGAACCACCCGCAGUCCUUCCUCUACGAUAAGUUUCAGAACCGAAGCGCUUUCAGAACUUAAUCUCCAGAUCAACAGAAUUGGUCUUGAUUUUUAUAGGUUUCUGCAGGUUGGGUCAAACUAGUGUUGCUAUGAUAUAGAUGACAUAUUUUUUAGAAUGUAAAUGUAUUGAGGUUCUCUUAGACAUUGGUAGCUUGUAAUAUAGUCUAAACUUCCUAAAGAAUAAACAACUUGCCUUCUGACCACGUGUUAGGCUUAUUUACUGAUUUCCAUGGCUGACACACCUGCCUGGAAUUUUAGUUGAGAGUAUUACAAAUGUCAUCUUUAUUUCAAGAACGCUUCUGUGUUGGUUUUAUAAAUCUGGCAUGC